CUUUACACAUCGACACAGCAUCCCGUUGCCGAUCGAGAAGAUAAUAAUAAUAUAUUACCAUGGCCACCCGAGAUGAACCGGGAAUUGUGGAUUUCGUUCUACUGGACGAGAUCACAAUCGAGAGAUUCAUGGAAAACCUGAUGAUAAGAUUUAAUGCUGGUUUUAUAUAUACCUAUAUUGGCGAAGUCUGUAUUUCUGUAAAUCCAUAUCGCACUUUAAACAUUUAUGGUCAAGACUACAUAAAUCAAUAUAAAGGACGAGAGAUUUUUGAGAAUCCUGCACAUAUAUUUGCAAUUGCUGACUCUGCACACCGUAGCAUGAAAAUGCACAGACAAGAUUCUUGUAUUGUUAUUAGUGGUGAAUCAGGAAGUGGUAAAACUGAAGCAUCUAAGAUUAUAAUGAAAUAUAUUGCUGCAGUCACUAACUUGACUGGUCAACAAGAAGUAGAACGGGUAAAGAACAUUUUGAUUCAAUCAAAUAUAAUUUUAGAGACAUUUGGAAAUGCUAAAACCAACAGAAAUGAUAACUCCUCUAGAUUUGGAAAAUAUAUGGAUAUUAAUUUUGAUUUUAAAGGAGAUCCAAUUGGUGGACGAGUAAUUAAUUAUUUACUUGAAAAAUCUCGUGUUAUACAACAACAACUAGGUGAACGUAAUUUCCAUAGCUUUUACCAGGCAUUAGGAAAUACAACACAUAAAGAAGCUAGCAAUUUAGGGUUGAAUCCAGAUCCCCAACAUUAUUUUUAUACACGACAAGGGAAAUCUACAAUCACACCAGCUGAUAAAUCUGAUUUUCAAGCUACCUUAAGUGCUUGUAAGACACUUGGAUUUUCAGCGACUGAUAUUAAAACAAUUUGGAAAAUUGUUGCUGCUAUUUUACAAUUAGGAAACGUAACAUUUUCAACCAAUGAUGAUGAUAGUAUUACUGUGACUAAUUUUCAUAAUAAUCCAGUUGAACAAGUAUCUAAGCUGUUAGAGGUUGAUACUAAAGAUCUUCUAACUGCUUUAAGUAAGCGUAUAAUUGCAGCCAAUGGAGAACUAUUGCAAAAAGCUCACACUUUAUCACAGGCUGAAGUUGGAAGAGAUGCAUUAGCAAAAGCAAUUUAUGAUCGGUUGUUCACUUGGAUAGUAAGCAAGGUCAAUGAAGCAUUAAUACCAUAUAUUGAAAAUGAUAAGUACAAAGGAGGAACUGUAAUUGGAGUAUUAGACAUUUAUGGAUUUGAAGUGUUUGAACAAAAUAGCUUUGAACAAUUUUGUAUUAAUUACUGCAAUGAAAAACUCCAACAAGUAUUCAUAGAUUUGGUACUGCGUCAAGAACAAGAAGAAUACAAAAAAGAGGGCAUAGCUUGGCAAGAAGUAAAAUAUUUUAACAACCAAGUAAUUUGUGAUCUUGUGGAAAAGCCACAUCAAGGCGUGAUUGCAAUUAUGGAUGAAGCUUGUCUGAAUGUAGGAAAAGUGAAUGACGAAAUGUUAUUAGAAGCCAUGGAUUCAAAACUUUCUAACCAUAAACACUAUUCUAGUAGGCAGGUGAAAACAUUAGACAAAGAUUUAAAACAUAAGACUCAAUUUAAAAUUUUACAUUAUGCUGGUGAUGUAGUGUAUAAUAUUUAUGGUUUUUUGGAAAAAAAUAAAGAUACAUUAUUUCAAGAUUUUAAAAGACUGCUUUACUCUUCAAAAAACCCAAUUAUUAGAGAUAUGUGGCCUGAAGGAGCCUUAGAUAUAAAAUCUACAACAAAAAGGCCAGUAACUGCUGGAAGUGCGUUUAAAACAUCAAUGAUUGCUUUGGUUAAAACAUUAAAUAGUAAAAUGCCAUAUUAUGUAAGAUGUAUAAAACCAAAUGAAAACAAAGCUCCUGUUGGAAUAGACUAUAAAAGAGUAGUUCAUCAAGUUUCUUAUUUGGGUCUAUUAGAAAAUGUCAGAGUAAGAAGAGCUGGAUUUGCUCAUAGACAGCCUUAUAAUAGGUUCCUUAAAAGAUAUAAAAUGAUAAGUGGUUUUACAUGGCCUAAUUAUAAAUGUAGUGACAAAGAAGCCACCAGAGCAUUAAUAGAUGAAAAUCAUUUUUCAAAUGAUGUUAAAUAUGGGAUAACAAAAUUAUUUAUUAGGUCGCCUCAAACAUUAUUUGCCUUGGAAAAGAUGAGAGCAGAGUUAAUUCCAGCUAUUGUUGUAUUAUUGCAAAAACAGUGGCGAGGUGCUAUUUGCCGAGCUAAAUUCCGCAAAAUGAAAGCUGCCUAUUUUAUAAUUAAGUUUUAUCGGCGUCAUAAAAUUCGUACUUACCUUAAAUCUGUGCUAGCAGCUCAUAGAACUUGUGAAAAUAAUGUGCACCAUAGGGAAUCAAUAAUUUGGCCACAUACAAAUUUUGCUGUUCGUCAAUUGGAACCUUCAUUAAGGUAUAUAUAUAAACGAUGGAAAGCAUACAAACUGUUGAGCCCCUAUCCUAGAAGUGAAUGGCCACAGUUGCGAUGCAAAGUAUAUGCUGCAUCUUUAUUAUGGGGAAAACGACCAAGUUGGGGUGCAAAACGUAUGUGGAGAGGUGAUUAUCUUUCAUCGCCUACAGAAAAUCCAGAAAAUGCUAAUUAUACAGUUGCAUUGAAUAACCUUAAGAACUCUGAUCGAUUUAAUCAGGUUUUGUUUUCGAGUUUUAUUUAUAAAAUGAACCGUUAUAAUAAAUGUGCGGAUCGUGCAAUAUUAAUAACUGAUUGGGCAGUUUACAAGUUAGACAUAAAAAACUUCAAACCAAUGAAAAAAGGAAUGCCUAUACAAGAAGUUACUGGAAUGAGUGUAAGUCCAGGACAAGAUCAAUUGGUUGUAAUUCAUUCUAACAGGGGUAAUGAUUUUGUAGUUACUUUAAAACCAACAGCUGACAUUAAUGAAGACAGAAUUGGUGAACUUUUAGGAGUUAUCAGCACCAGAUAUUUUCAAUUAAGAAAUUCUGAGUUACCAGUGAAUGUGUCCAAUAAAUUCAAUUGUAUGUUGGGAAAAAAAUCUCGAAUGCUUCGAGUUGAAGUCAAUCCACAAACAUCAACUGCAAGUUUUAGAAAAGAUGAUAAUGGUGGUAUUGUUUACAUCAUACCACCAAACGUUGCAGUUCACCCAUUUAUAAAGGCGUGAAUUCCAUCAAUAUUUUAUUUUGAAUUACUACUCCAUUUUAUGAAAAAAUAAUUGAGUACAAAGUUAAAAAUGAAAAAUAUUAUUUGUUUUUGGUAAUUAACUCAAGGGCAUUAUAGUUUUAAUAACCAUUGGGUACAUCUAAACUUUGAACACUUCACUUAUAAAUUUAUUUUAAGAGGUUAUUCUCAUGUUAUUUUAAAAAUAAACUAACAGGGUGAAUUUAAUUUAAUUAUUAUUUUAAAUUAUUGAUUAACAAAUGUUGCCAUUGGAAUUUUGUGCCUUAUAUUAAUUGAUUAAACUGUGAUUUCUAACUAGUUCA